CCCGGACUGAAACACCCUAGCCAAUCCAAACCGUCCGUAGAACAAGAUCUAACUCAAAUCCUACUCUGGAGUAAAGAUCCCGGGACCAGACCCAAUCACUCACCCCUACCGAUGGUCCUGCUGUAUAAAUAUGCAGAAACUGAUCCAACAAUGGCAGCAGACCAUAACAGCCAUGGAACUAAUCGACGAUCCUGUCUACAAUUCCGACCUCGAUUUCAGCUUCUCCUCCGUCGCCACCGCCACCACCGACCGGACCACCAUCUCCGCCAGGAGCAGCUUGGCUCGCACCAGCCUCACCCUCAGCUUCAACGAGUCCCGACUUUCCAACGCCGCCGCGACCUCCUCCACCACCGCCGUUCCGAUCCCCCACCGCCGCCCCCACCGCCGCCACAACAACCCCAACUGGGAAGCCGUCAGCGCCGCCGCGAACCUCUCCUCCGACGGCGCCCUCCACCUCCGCCACCUGAAACUCCUCCGCCUCGUCGGCGCCGGAAACCUCGGCCGCGUCUUCCACUGCCGCCUCCGCGACUACGACGGCGCGGACUUCGCCCUCAAAGUUGUCGACCGCGACGCCCUGCCGGCGAAAAAGCUCGCCCAGGUGGAGAUGGAGGCCGCUGUCCUCGCCGCCGCCGACCACCCGUUCCUGCCGACGCUCUACGCCCAUCUAGAAGCUUCUCACUACAUUUGCCUGUUGAUGGAUUUCUGCCCAAACGGCGAUCUCCAUUCUUUGCUCGCCAAACAGCCCCUUAACCGGCUACCGGUCGCGGCGGUCAGAUUCUUCGCCGGCGAGGUCCUCACGGCGCUCGAGUACCUCCACGCGCAGGGAAUCGUCUACCGUGAUCUCAAGCCGGAGAAUGUUCUGAUACGCGCCGACGGCCACAUUCUGCUCUCCGAUUUCGACCUCUGCUUCCGAUCGGAAAUCUCGCCGCGGAUCGACCGCCGCCGCCGGCGACCGGCGGAGCCGGUCCAGCGCCACUCCUCCUCCUGCUUUCUCGGCGUGACGCGCACGCGCCGCCGCGAGGAGCGCGUGGCGGAAUUCACGGCGGAGCCCACGGCGGCGUACUCGCGGUCGUGCGUGGGGACGCACGAGUAUCUGGCGCCGGAAUUGGUCGCCGGAAAUGGCCACGGCAACGCCGUCGACUGGUGGGCUUUCGGAGUCUUAAUCUACGAGCUGCUGUACGGUACGACGCCGUUUAAGGGGGUGAGUAAGGAAUCGACGCUGCGGAACAUAGCGUCGACGAGGGGAGUGCGGUUCCCGGGCCCUUCCGCCGAGGAGGAGUCCGGGACUUCGGAGGCCCGGGACUUGAUCGAGAAGCUGCUGGUGAAGGACCCCCGGCGGCGUCUGGGCUCCGCCGCGGGUGCGACUGAGAUUAAGCGCCACCCUUUCUUCGACGGGAUAAAAUGGCCGUUGAUUCAGACUUACCGGCCGCCGGAGAUUCGUGGGCUGGCGGUGAAACGGAGUGGCGUCGGCGGCGGACGGCGGCGCUGCCUGUGGAAGAGGCUGAGGGAUCUGAUGAGGGUUAAGGUUGUUAGUAAGAAUAAAUUAAAUUCUAAUCAGAAUUAUUAUACUUACGUUGAUUACUACACAGAUUGAGUUUUUUUGAAAAAAAAAAGAAAAAACAGAGAUUGCGUUAAGGUUUCGAAAUUUCGUUGAGAUUUGUAAUUUUUUUAUUUUUAUUUUAUAUACUAUACAUGUAAAUCCAAGCAAAUAUAUAUGACAA